AUGUCUGCUGCACCUGAGACUACGACAGCUGCCCCGGAGGUGAAAACCGAGGAAACUACCCCUGCCCCCGCCACGGAGGCAACCCCGGCCGCCGAGCCCGCUAAGGCUGAAGAGCCUGUUGCUGAGGCUGCCAAGGAGGAAGUGAAGGCUGAGGAGGCUCCUGCCCCCGCAAAUGCAGAGGCUUCUGAGCCUGCUGCUACUACAGAAGCGAAGCCCGUAUGUCCUGAUGGCAUUUUCUUUGAUUCAAUGGCUUUGAUUAACGUCUUGUUUAAGGCGGCUGAAGAGUCGGCAAAGGACGACGCGACUCCCGCCGCGGCUGAGGGCACGGAAGCCAAGAAGGAGGACAGGCCAAAGAGCCCGAGCUUCCUGUCCAAGAUCCUUGCUCCCUUCAAGGAGAUAAAGGUGAAGGCUCCUAAGAGCCCCAAGAAAGAGAAGAAGAAGGAGGAGGUUGAGGCUCCUGUUGCUGCUGCAUCGGAGGAACCGGCCAAAGAGGAGGCGGCUCCUGCAGAGCCCGCGAAGGCAGAGGAGACGCCCGCUCAACCUUCGAAGGAGGUUAGCGAAUCCACUUCGGCACCGGCCGAGGAGGCCGCGGCACCUUCUGAGCCUGCGAAGGAAGAGGUAAAAGAAGAGAAGAAGGAAGAAAAGCCAGAGAAAUCCGAAAAGGAGGAGGAACACAAGAAGCUCAAAGUUGGCCGUCGUCUUUCUACCCGUAUCAACUCUCUUUUCAAGGCAAAGUCCUCAAAGGAUGAGAGCUCACAUCCUGCAAAGGUAGACGAGCACCCACCGAAGAUCGAUGAGCCUAAACCUGUUGCCCCCCUCGAGAACCCGGCCAGUGAAGGUGAGGCUGCCGCUCCGCCUAAGGAGGCAGCCCCUGCAACUGAGGAACCAGCGAAGCCCGCCGAACCGUCGCCGACGCCAGUUGCUGCGGCUGCGUAAACGACACAGUGUCGUUUCUAGCUUCGACGAUCCUUACGUUGUUUAUGCCUUCGCCCGCCCUUCAUGAUGUUUUCCUUCUGACUUCUCAAAGUAUUGGUUUUUUUUUGCGUGUGCAGCAUGGUCAUGAUUCCUGCCUUUCCAACAUUCUCAUAACAUUCGCUAAUACUCCCAUCUCUAUUUCUUUAUUCCAUGCGUUGGAUUUUGAUACCAUUCUUCAUUGCGUUUUCAUAGCUACAUCAUGUAAUUGAUUUCGGAAUGCCAGAUUAUAUGAUUUCUUUGAUAGUUUC